AAGCAGAGCAGCUCAGCGGAUAUAUGGCUACAGCGACGUGAAAAGGCCCUUUUCCGUCUAUGAGCGGUGGUGCAGAGCGGCUGACACAAUGACUGACUGGGAGACUGCCCCAGCUGUGGCUGAGACCCCAGAGAUCAAGCUUUUUGGAAAGUGGAGCACAGAUGAUGUCCAGAUCAAUGACAUCUCCCUGCAGGAUUACAUAGCUGUGAAAGAGAAGUAUGCAAAGUACCUUCCACAUUCUGGAGGCCGUUAUGCCGCCAAGCGUUUUCGCAAGGCCCAGUGCCCCAUUGUAGAGCGCCUCACUAACUCCAUGAUGAUGCAUGGCCGCAACAAUGGCAAGAAGCUGAUGACUGUGCGCAUUGUUAAACAUGCUUUUGAGAUCAUUCACUUGCUGACUGGAGAGAAUCCUCUGCAGGUGUUGGUAAAUGCCAUCAUUAACAGUGGACCCCGUGAGGACUCCACCCGUAUCGGGCGUGCUGGUACCGUCAGGAGGCAAGCUGUGGAUGUAUCGCCACUCCGCAGAGUCAACCAGGCCAUCUGGCUGCUGUGCACAGGAGCGCGAGAAGCUGCUUUCAGGAACAUCAAAACGAUCGCUGAGUGUUUGGCCGAUGAGCUGAUCAAUGCAGCCAAGGGCUCAUCUAACUCAUACGCCAUCAAGAAGAAGGACGAGUUGGAGAGAGUUGCAAAGUCCAACCGUUAAAUGUUUGCCUCCUUUUCAAUAAAUUUGAAGAAAUUUC